AUGGCGCCAGCUCGAUCAGGGUCUGUAUCUCCGAAAAGGCUUUUAGGGAGCCCGCAGUCGAGGAAGAGGUUCCUUGAGAACAGGAGAGCUAGUCAUGCUGACUGGAGAGAGUACUACCGCUGGGAACGCGAUCAUUUCUGGUCUCACAACCGCGUCAACGGGCUUUACAAGCGAUGGAGCUGGAUGCCAUACAGAGCAGAGUACGUCAAAACUAUACGCGAACUGAAGAAUUGGCAAGAGAAUGUCGCACUGUGGGACGACCGUAUCGUGAAAGCCGAGACUACAAGCGCAGAUUCUAGCCGGCGCCUCUAUGUUGAGAUACAGAAGAGGCACAACCUGGAGCGUUUGGAACGGAGAUUGAAGAAGUUUCGAGAGAUACAGCAGCGGCCUUUUCCCACGAGGCGACGUCUGGAGCCCAAGUACGCCGCGGACAUGCUGAAGAAGACGUCGGCGGAGAUUGCUGCUAUUGAUCAAGCUCGAGCGGAUGGACGCGUUUGUUGUCGCGGACACACUGAAGAGUGGAGAGGCGCCGACGGUGUGCCGGCGGACGAGCAAAGGGAAGAGGACCGCAAGGCUCUUGACGAAGCGUGGCGAUAUUACUACUACUCCUUCACAGACCUACACCAGGCUCCAGAAGAUUGGGUCAUUCUCGGCGCUUUGGACCGAGCAUUGAUCCUUUUCGAUCACAACGACACUAAGAUAUAUCCUCCCAAGAUAGAGGAUGCUGAAGGCGACCACGAGCAAGAUGUCGAGGACUUGGUAGAGACGCUGAAAGAGUUACAUGACGCGGAGCAAUAUGCUUACAAGAAACUGCCGAUUCACUGGAGAUCUUUCGAGUCAACUGUGAAAGACGCUCUGGCCAACAGCGCGGCACCGCUCGGAGGAAAUACUCUGGGAAAGGUCACUGAUGCGGUGGUGCCAGUCCAGAUGACCAAUCAAGAUGAAGAGACGCCAGAUACUCUUGCGCCUAGCCGUAGGGCUCUGCAGCAUUGGUGGGAGGAGAGGAUUCGUCUCGCUAUCCAGCAAGAACGAAGCCCGGCACACAUCGCCGAACAGACUGGCUACUACCACCUGGCUUUGCGACGCUUUGACGCUGGGAGAGAUUGGAUACUGGACGAGACGGAAUUUGACGGUUAG